GUUGCAUUUUAUUAAAUUAUUACAGACGAAUUUUUCGUCUGUAAUUUAAAACUUUCCGUCGAAAAUUUUGAUUUAAACCUAAUUUAACCCGAGUGUCUCCACCUUCAUUCACACUCCACACAAGCUUCUUCCUCUCUCUGUCGCACUAACAGCUUCUUCUCUCCGUCGCAUGAGCUUUUUCCGCCAUUCGCGUCGCACGAGCUUCUCCGCCGCCGCUAUCGUCGCAUCUGCUCCCUUCAUUGCCGUCGUCACAGAACUCUCUACGCCUCCGCUCUUGUCGCAUUUACUCCCUUAGUGAAUUUCAGGUUUAUCAAUUAUUUUAUUAUCAGCGAAGAAAGAGAUUUUUGGUCGGUCAUUUCUGCAGCGAUUCGUGAAACUCGGUGGAAACUCGGUGGUUGUUGUUGAAUGGCAAAGCUUGGAAUGAUAGUUGACUCCGUUGGUAACUUCUUCUCCGGCAAAGACCAGCUUCCCUAGUGUGACCCUGACAUCGUCGCUCAGCAGCAGCCAUCACCUUUGGCUUUAAGAAUUUGAUGGAAACUUUCACUGUUGAUGUGCACAGAGCAGAGAACAGGCCACUGAACGUGCCCUUGAUUGCACCUUUUACCAUUGCAUCAUCAAGGUUGGAGAUGGUAGAGAACGUGGCCGUUAGAAUUGAGCUCAGCAAUGGCUCUGUGGGUUGGGGUGAGGCACCAAUUCUGCCUUUUGUUACUGCUGAGGACCAGAAAAUUGCCAUGGCCAAGGCUUCUGAGGCGUGUGCCUUUCUCAGGAGAUGUCCUUCACUGACACUGGGUUCCAUGUUGGAGGACAUUGUUGCUAUUCUUCCUGGCCAUGAAUUUGCUUCUGUAAACAAUAGCAAAUCAAGCAGAAUCCUUAAAUUCAAUAGAAGAGAAAUCCGUUGGGAAGUCGGAGAGCAUCUCCUUCCAAAAUUUUGUCGAAACUUGUAUCCUUCUUCUGAACCUAUAUGUUUGGUAGAUAUUAAGUAUGUUCUUAAAUUUCAAUUGGAAAAUGUGACUGUUGCACAAGUUAAGCAAUACUGUGAAAUGGAGAGUCAUGAAGAGAAGCUGCACAGACAGAUGAGGGAGGACAAGAUUAGAGAAGCAAAUGAUGAAAUGAAAAGGAAAGCUAAUGAGAUUGAUAACUGCUUCAAUGCAACGACAUAUAUAUAA